UAACCCCAGGGCGGUCGCACUAAUCAUCACAUGACAGCCAUAGGUUUUUCUUUGCAUUCGUCGUUUUGUCAUAUGAUUGAAAAAAGUCCAGCGGAAAACUAAAAAUGUUGCAGAAUUGCGUGAUCUUCUCGCUGUUUAUUGCAGCCAUUCAUGCUGCGGGCGAGCUGACGGUGCUGAACAGCCCCAAGGCGAUCAGCUUCAAGGGCAACGAUGCGCUGGACAGUCACUAUGUGGGCGAUGUUCUGUACGCUGCCAUGGGCAAUGCCGUCGCUGGAGACUCCAACUGGAGCGGCAUGACCAUCAACGAUCCCUUUGAAUUGGCCAAGGGCGUGAUCUGCGUGCACGUGCAGGGCAUCAGCCACGUUAUUACUGCGGGCAGUGCAAAGACCUAUCAGCUCACCGAUUCCAACACGGAUGCCUCUCUCAACGCCCUGUCUGCCGAGCUGGAGGCCACCAACGAACCCGUUUGCGACAUCAACUUUGGGCAGUUCGAUGAGGGUGUGCAAGCCUUCAAGUCGUGCUUUGGGGACAUCAAUGCCACCCCCGCUAAGCCCACGAAGCACCUGAACCCUGCUCUGCACAACGCCGACAAGCAGUUCCUGCAGGAGAUCGGCUACCUCGAUGUCGCUGCCGCCAACCUGGCCGAUAUGCAGAAGCCCGCAAAUGUGCUGAUCCUGCGUGUGUCGGUUGAUGGCAUUGCCAAGGCUCAUGGCGAGAAAUCGGUGGCCCUGGAUGAGGCCAACAAGCUGCUCUCGGCUGCCAUUAGCCGACUGCUGGCUGCUUCCCAGAAGUCCAGCGACUCGGUUCUGUUUGUCCAGACCACCGAAAAGGACACCGGUGUGGCCCGCACCAAGCGUGACACCUUGACUGCCGACUCGACGAACCCCUUCAAUCUGGCCACCUACUACAGCAGCGACUAUCCAGUCAUCUUCAACAUCAUUCUUUGGUUCAUGGUCGUCUUUGCGCUGUCCCUGCUGGCCAUUUGCUACGCCAUCGGUGCCAUGGAUCCCGGCAGGGAUUCGAUCAUCUACCGCAUGACCUCCACCCGCAUCAAGAAGGACAACUAAGCGGCAUGCAAGUGGAGCCCUUACCUUGUUUUGUUACUUCGAUUUCGUCCCUUUUGUUUGAGUUGCGUGAAGCCAACCUCCAGUCAGAAAUUAGAACAAAUUCAGCGGAGAAAUUGUGUGUGUCGUGUGUCGAGUGCAAUGUCGUUGCAGUUAGUUGGCUUUAGCUAUAAAUAAGUAUUACUUAUCGUUUU